AUGCUGCCUCACACUUCUAGGCAGGUACAGGACCCCUCCUCUGCUGCAAAUGCAGCAGUUGCUGCUACUGUUGCUGCCCAGAGCCGGCAGCAGCAGCACCAGCAGCAUCAGGAGCAGCAACACGUGCGGCCUGGGCAUUCGGAACCGCAGCAGUCCGACGGGCAGCUCAAGUCGCAACAGCAGCAGCAGCAUCAUGAGGGGGCGCACUGCAGAUCAGGCGUAGCUGCCGACAGUCUGUUGAGUUCAUUUGACAUGUUUGCCUUCAACGCUCCGAAGACACCCCAAAGAACGACCCCAAAAAAACCAGCACCUAGAGCAAAAGGAGGCAGUGGGCCCCACCGAGGCAGCACACCCGUGGCCAGCGGCAGUCGUUCCAGCAGCAGCAGCAGCAGCCGAAUGGCUGGCGGCAGCUGUGCAAGCAGGAGCAGUGGCCUGGGGAGCAGCAACGUUGACAACGCCGCAACUGGCGGCAGCUGCAGCAGCAACAACAACAGCAGCAGCAACAGCAGGACCAGUGCGAUUGAAUUGCAGAGGGAAUCAGAGCUAAGCCCUGGAGUACGUCUGUCUCUAGAGUGGCUGGAGGAAGCGGAAAGAAGACGGGGGCUGAGCAGCACAGAAGUUGCUGCUGCCUUCAGGUGUCCUCAAUGCCACCAGUUCACCAUGACCUUUCGCUCCGGCCGCUACGAAACCGGAAUGAUGCUGGCCUCAGCUCUUCCUCGCAUCAUUCAGACUGCCGCCCACGCAUAUGCAACACAGCAGCAACAGAAGCAGCAGCGGCUGCAGCAGCAACAGCAGCAGCGGCAGGAGCAGCAGCAAGAGGGCAACUGCAGCAUUCCUGACUUCUUGCGGCCUCUUUCUUGGUUGCCGCGGAGCGAUCGCAUAAAGGCUGAUGCGGCGCUGCUGCAGCAGUUCAGCGAUGCCGCCAUUGCGCAUGCAGUUGCUGUUGAGGACAGCGCUGUGUGUGGAUCAGAGGCAACAGGAGGUGCUGCUGCUGCUACCGCUGCUGCUGAUGAUGGGGUUGCUGCUGUGGAGGAUACAGUUGGUCGAAAUGCUGCUGCUAUUGGCUGCAGCGCUGCACCUGUUGCUGCAGCUGCUGCUGCAGCACGAGGCUCUGCGCAGGGGCGCGCUGGGAGUCGGGAUCGUCUGCGUUUUGUGGAUUGGUCUCGAGGGUUUCUGGAGGCCCCCACAGACGGGCUGAAGUACAACGAUGGCUGCGUCUUUCGCCUGUCAGCGUAUCCGUUUAUCUUACAAGCGGCGGCUUCUGUCUGCGGCUGGGCAGCGCUAACCCCCAUCCCUUCCCUCACCCUCCGCUUCUUCACUGAGGUGUGGGGGCCAGGAAAGUUCCUCGUUACUUCGAAGGAACGAGCGCUGAACGUUGCCUGGUGGCUGCUGCCUUCUCGGCUGCAGCAGCAUCUGCUGCCCUUCCAAUGGGAGGGAGUCGCUUACGCGCUGCAGCGGGGAGGUUGUGCGAUAAUAGGAGACGAAAUGGGGCUUGGCAAGACAGUGCAGGCCAUUGCAUGCAUUGCGGUGUACAGACAGUUCCCUUGUCUUAUAGUGGUUCCGGCGUCGAUGCGCUUGGCUUGGGCGGAUGCGCUGGAGGAGUGGCUGCCGGAGUACAGCGGGCCCCCGAAUCUUCGGGUUUUGUUUGCAAGUGGGGAUCGCCCGUCUCCUGGGGAGCAGCAUUUGAUUUGUUUGUCUUCUUUUGAGAUGGCCUCUCGGCUGUACGACACUCUCAAGGCUACGCAGUACAAACUUGUUAUAGUUGACGAGGCCCACAAGCUCAGGGGCCCUGCCGUCCCGCGACCCGCACCUUACACGGCCUCCGAGGCGUUGACGAGGCCCACAAGCUCAGGGGCCCUGCCGUCCCGCGACCCGCACCUUACACGGCCUCCGAGGCAGCAGCAGCAGCAGCUGCAGCAGCUGCAGCAGCAGCAACAGAGACAACUGCAACGGAAGGCGCAACACUUCCAGACACACGAAUCUGUGCACUUUUCAAUGCCUAACCAGUCCCAGCAGCAGCAGCAGCAGCAACAGCAGCAGCGGCAGCAGUCUGAGCUUUCUCCCCGAAAACGCAAAAACUGGAGGCCACCCGGUAGCGGCCAGGAGGUGAACAAGAAGGUCUUAGAUCUCGUAAAGGGCAGCCGCCACGCACUACUGCUCUCAGGCACUCCUUCGGUGAAGCUGCCCGCCGACCUGUUCCCCCUAGUCGAUGCGUUGCUGCCUCCGCUGGAGCAGGAGGCUGCGGUGGAAAGGAGGCAACAGCAGCUACAGCAGUGGGGGCAACUUGAACUGGCCGCUGCUGCGGCAGCGGCAGCCACAUUUGCCACUGCUACUGCUGCUGCUGCUGCUGCUGCUGUUCCAUCUGCCGAGGCAGAAACACCGGAGAAAGACGGAACAGAAAAGCCGGCCCAUACAGAAGGCGACGGCGCCUCCCGUGGGAUCGUCCGAUCCCCGUGGUCGGAGGCGACAGCGGCGUGGAGAACAGCUUCAGCAGCAGCAGCAGCAGCAGCAGCAGCAGCACGUGGUCGGAGGCGACAGCGGCGUGGAGAACAGCUUCAGCAGCAGCAGCAGCAGCAGCAGCAGCAGCAGCGUCAGCAAACAUAA